UUAUUUUUCUCUAUGUCUGUUAUUCGGAAUCCGAAGGAAGCCAGAGAUUUACAGUGAAAUUCAAGGAUAUAGAGAAAGAGAUAGCGAGUGACCAUUUUAUUAAUUUUUCCUAUUUUUGUUUCAUUACAACCUUAAUCCUCCCUAUUCUGUUCUGUAUCUUCCCAGAUUUCCUCUUGCUCUGUGUGCUUCGUUGCCUUUUUCUUCUUUCACCUCUCUCUCUCUCUCUCUCUCUCUUGCUCGAUUCAGUUUGGUGGGAGAAAAAAAAAGAAGCCGUUUUUUUUACAGGGUUUUAUCACAAGAUCCCUUUUUCCUCGAAGCUGGCAUUUUUUUUAGGGUUUCUUUGAUUUCAUCUCGAGUGCCCACCCAGAUCUCUCUUUCUAUCUCUCUACUCAUCUCCCAAUUUGGAUGUUCAAUGAUUAGGGUUUUUAUUUAAGAAUCAAGAAACUUGGGUUUUAACUGGUUUAGUCGACAAAAGUGCUGAAAACUCUGACGUAUUCUGCUAAUUUAGGCCUUUGAUUUUCUCGUGGCGAAGUAGACAAGAAAAAAGAGGGUUUUAGCCCAAUUUGGAGGGCGAUAAUUAGGUUCUCUGUAACUAUGAUCAAGCAGAUAUUUGGGAAAUUACCCAGAAAACCUUCGAAAUCAUCGCACAACGACCCGAAUCCAAACGGAGAAGGUAGAGAUAAUGUGUUUAUGGAAUCAUCUACAUCGAAUUCACAUGGAGCAAAUGGCACUGUUCCUGCUUUUCCACCGUUAGUUAACAACAGAACCAAUCAAGCCAAUAAACCAUCGGGAGCUGGUGCGUUUCCGGUUUAUGAAGCUUUGCCAAGCUUCAGAGACGUUCCUAGCUCGGAGAAACCGAACCUGUUCAUCAAGAAACUGAGCAUGUGUUGCGUUGUGUUCGACUUCAGUGACCCAUCGAAGAAUCUCAGAGAGAAAGAGAUAAAAAGGCAGACUUUGCUCGAGCUUGUAGACUAUAUCGCAACAGUUUCAACAAAGUUCAGCGACGCUGCGAUGCAAGAGAUUGCGAAGAUGGCUGUGGUUAAUCUCUUCAGGACGUUUCCUUCCGCGAAUCACGAGAGCAAACUCCUAGAAACGCUUGAUGCAGACGAUGAGGAGCCUGCGCUAGAGCCGGCUUGGCCUCAUCUUCAAGUUGUCUAUGAGCUUCUCCUCAGAUUCGUUGCCUCGCCGAUGACCGAUGCGAAGCUUGCAAAGAGGUAUAUCGACCAUUCUUUCGUAUUGAAGCUUUUGGAUUUGUUUGACUCUGAAGAUCAAAGAGAGAGAGAGUAUCUAAAGACGAUUCUGCAUCGGAUUUAUGGGAAGUUCAUGGUGCAUCGACCUUUUAUCAGAAAGGCCAUAAACAACAUCUUCUACAGAUUCAUUUUCGAAACUGAAAAGCAUAAUGGCAUCGCAGAGUUGCUGGAGAUUCUUGGAAGUAUAAUCAACGGUUUCGCUUUGCCGUUGAAAGAAGAGCACAAGCUCUUCCUAGUCAGGGCCUUGAUUCCACUACACAGGCCUAAAUGUGCUGCUGCUUAUCAUCAACAGCUUUCUUAUUGCAUUGUUCAGUUUGUAGAGAAAGACGUCAAGCUUGCUGAUACCGUCAUUAGAGGCCUUUUGAAGUAUUGGCCAGUGACUAACAGUUCCAAGGAAGUUAUGUUUCUUGGAGAGUUGGAAGAAGUUUUGGAAGCAACUCAAGCUGCUGAGUUUCAGCGAUGUAUGGUUCCUCUAUUCCGUCAAAUCGCACGAUGCCUCAACAGUUCACAUUUUCAGGUGGCUGAGAGAGCUCUGUUUCUGUGGAACAACGACCACAUAAGAAACCUGAUUACUCAAAACCAUAAAGUGAUAAUGCCAAUUGUGUUCCCGGCUAUGGAGAGAAACACACGGGGACAUUGGAACCAAGCGGUUCAGAGUCUGACUUUGAAUGUGAGGAAAGUAUUGGCGGAUACAGACCAAGUUCUGUUUGAUGAAUGCUUAGCAAAGUUCCAAGAGGAGGAAGCGAAGAAAACCGAGGUUGUAGCCAAACGAGAAGUAACAUGGAAGCUUCUUGAAGAUUUGGCUGCUUCCAAAUCCGUGAGCAACGAGGCAGUUCUUGUUCCAAGAUUCUCGUCUUCGGUUACUCUUGCCGCUGGGAAACCUUCUGGUAGUUGAAAGCUUUCUUGCUCUUUUACUAUCAACAAGAAUACUCUCUCAAAAGAGUUGGUAUCGAUCCAUUUGAGCAAUCAGGAUCGGUUCUUGAAGGGAGAAACCAAAGCGCGAUGAUCGAAGAAGAGGGCAGUAUCAUCAGUGAAUACUUUUUCUUAACACUUCUUCAGGUUUCUUGAUUCAUGAUCUUCUUUUUUAUUUUUUUUAUUUCUCAGCUCUUAGAGGAGUUGAAAAACAGUAUGUGGUGUAAGAAAAAUGGUCUAUAGAUAUAGUUCUUGAGAGGACGACUAAAUAUAUUUAUUAUUCGUAUUGUAUUGUGGAACGAAAUUGAUCUAUGAACACAGUUCAUCGUU